AUGACACUGGCUCUGAUGAUUGUGCUACACAGAAUGGUUUUCCCUGCUCGCUCAGUAGAUUUAUCUCUGCUCUUUAGAAAGGAAAAGUCUACUCUCAGUGUCAUCUUCAAUGAAAUGAUAGAGAAGAUUUAUAUUAAGUUAUAUCCAGCCUUGAAGUUUGACUACUCACUGGCAAUGUACUGUGUUGGGUUUAUUGAUGGAACCUUUAACAAGAUAGCAAGGCCCAUUGUUGAGCAAGAGGGAGCAUACAAUGGCCAUUACGCAUAUACUACAUCAGACCAUAUGAUGAUCCCUUUCAGAAGACAAAUGGCUGAUGAGCAAGAACUUGCUAUCAACAAAAGUAUGUCUGCUGUACGAAUUUCCGUUGGGCAUGAGUUUACUCAUAUCAGGAGUCUGUGGGCUUUCUUAAAGUACUCACAGACCCAAAGAAGUGGUUAG